AUGCACCACCACCAAGCUAAUUCGGAAAGCCUGCGGAGUCGCAACUCCAGCUAUUCGAACAGUGAUUCUGGAAGCAGCAACCAAUCUCGUCAAUCUCACAGCACACAAGGAACACAGUAUACUGGACCUUCUUCAAGACCUCCAUUUGUACAUUACGAGACAUGUGAGGGAAGACUCGAAGGCUCUCUUCAUGAAUAUUGUCACCAAGCCGAGGAUCCUAGGUCUUCUGCAGAGACUUACGCCUCGACUGUAGCUUCAGAAGUCGACAUCGACGGAGAGUCUCUAUCUGAUGGACCUUGUCCUCCACCACGCCCCGACGUAUAUGGAAGUAGAGCAAUUUCAUCGACUCCGUCCGAUUUCGCUGAGCUGUUCCCAUCAGAACGUCUUUUGACGAUAAGACAUGAUGAUUCCACACCCGACGGCAACAUGAACCUCCGAGUUGACACAGUAUAUGAAAACUCGCGUUACAGCCCCAUCGAUGUCACUCUGUUUCACCUUCGCAUGCACGACCUGAAAAAUAGGCAAUUCUCGUUACGAAGGUAUUGCAGAGAGUCUGGCCGCGAAGUUUGCCACUCAACACGAAAAUGCCAGAAAAGUACUGCUGAACGAAGGAUGGGCCUCCAGAGAUCUCUCAGCAAUGCGUUCGCAUCACUUCGUACGAUAGCAGAACACAAAGCUUCUCCUCCGUCUGAGAAUCUGAGGAGAUCUGAUUCUGGUUACGAGUCACUGAAGUCACAUAAAAGCAUCGAACCUGAUCCUCAAGCUGCAGUAUCAUCGGGAUUCCUCAGCAGAAGCCACGUGUCAAUUCCUACCAAGACCAUCAAGCUUGAGUUCUCGAAUUACGCGCAGGUGGAGGUCAAGCGACGCGGUGCAAAGAGCAGCAAACGGUAUGAAUUUGAGUAUUGGGGAGUUCACUAUGUCUGGAAACGUAUUACAGAUCGAAUUGGCUCGAAGGAAGUAUCGUUCUGCCUAUUUCGCAACAAUGAGGAUCAGCCUCUUGCGCGAAUCUUACCCACUCCCAUGAGCGGUGUGCAACAACGCGAAGAGCUUUCCAAAGGAGGCUGGGUCCCGCCAUGUACUCUGGGAAUCGCCGACGAAGAGAUCAUUGAGAACCACAACGAGGUCUCUGAUGUCGUGGUGGCUGCUGGUCUGAUCGCGCUGGUGGACGACUGUAUAAAGCGUCGAUUCCAUACGAGGCCUGCUCGCGGGAUUGUCAUUCCUGUUCCAAAGUUCCGACUGGAUAUGGAGUACAUCGGCACAAAACGAUCAGGCAGUGAAAAUGCCAGUCGACCAUCGACCAGAGGUUCAACGACGUGUCGUAGGCCCACACCGCUGCGAAAGGCAAGUUGCGAUGUGUGA